GUGUAAUUUUCUUUUCCUAAGGGAUCUCAUAUGAAAUUUGACGGCGACUGAAUGAGGAAAAUUCUAAUUAGGGAGGCGACACAAUCAAUCAAAUUCAUCUUUUAACCAUCACAUACAUAUUUCCUCUUGGAUCGAUCAUAAUUGAAAUUUUGUGUAUUGAAAAUGAAUUGGGUUCAAAGGAAAAUAUAUCUGUACAACGUCACUUUUGGAUUGUACAUGCUCGACUGGUGGGAGCGUUGUCUCUUCAAUAUCUUGGUGCUUGUUUUGCUAUGGUUUAUGGGUUACAAUACGUUUCGAUAUGCUUCCGACCUCUUCAAUAGGCAACUGUGGUGAAACUUCAUCAGCUGCGUCGAGCCUUGUUCUUGACCAUAUAACUAAGACAGAUAUGUUUGGUUGUUGAAAUUGUUUGUUGUGCCAUAGAUAUACUUGGCUUUGUAUGAACCAGAAAAAUAAUAUGUUACUGCUCUUUUCUUAUUCUUUACCAAUAGAUGUUGACAUUUAAUGUAAUAGUAAGCAAUUCAAGCUUCCGAUUGUUGUGAGGAAUGCUUUGAAAUUAACUCAUCAGUUUGCUAUAACCAGUCAUGUAAUGCUAUGAGUUACAAGUUCAACAAACAUGCUUUACCUGUUUUAUAUUCAAAUUAGUUGCAGAUAGAAUUGUGCAGCCCUCUCGAAUUUCCUUAAUUACUUUCACUAAGUGAUAAAAAGUGUGAGUAGAAACACAUGAUGAAGAUCCAUAUCAUGGCAGAUCAUCCUUAGGUGAAAGCACCACCGCAGACCUAAAUAUACGGUAAGCACUUAUGCAUGCAGGGUGUUUAUACCAAACCGAUGCAAUUUAUCAUGAUUAAGUGAUUUGAUGAAGCGAAUAUAUACACUAACUAAUUAUGGUUAAGGUGAUAGUUGUAUAUGUUAGAACACAUGCGAUACAUCCAUUGGUUUGACGUAACACCCCAGGUGGGUAAGUUUUUACCUAAAUAUCCUUAUACCUUUGUUCUCCACCAUAAGAAAAACAAUUAAAGAGAUGAAAAUAGAAACGGCAUCAUGGCAGAAAAGGAAAAUUGUGCUUAUAGUCUCUCUUUGGCAAAUUCUUAUUUUAUUCCUUAUAAGUAUUGAACUAAGCACAUUCCAUAGCUUUGAGCUGGUUUUGUGACACGGGUUUUGUUAAUUAGCUAGUCUGAGCAGAUGGUAUCUAAAUUUGGAUUUUAUGUUUAUUUUUUUAUCUUUCUUUGAUAUCAUUUUAUUGCCAAUUUUGGGGUUUUGUUCAUCUAUACUUAGCUUUGAGCUGGUGGGUUUUUCCAAUUAGCUAGUCUGAGCUAAAAAAUAAGAACUUUGUUCAGUGCUUAAAAAAAACAAGAUUGAGUGAUAGAUUUGCAAAAAGAAGCUUAGCAGAAAGUUUGUUAAGUAGAAAUGUUAAAGCAGAAGGAAUAAUCCAAUGGAGUUCAUGGAUAAAUACUGAUAACUCUCGGAUAGAGUAUUAGAACGGAAAGAUCCAUUAGAUAAUGAACUAUUGGUUCUAAGCCAUCUCUGACGAUUAAUCAACAAUUCGAAGUGCUUUUUAGUUUAUUACUUACUCUUUUCGACUUUUUGAAUCAAAUUCUUUAUUUUGUUUUAUUCAAUUUUUUUUUUUAAUUCACAAUUACAAUUAUAGCCUGUCUCUGUAAGUUGAGAGUGGAAUUCAUCCUCUAUUUUGUCCUUUCCAUUCACUCGGAUUUCUUCCUUUUCAUCAAUUUUGUCCCAUUUUAGUUACUUAUAAACCCUAGAAGAAUUCUUAUUUCAUCCGCCAUGAACGAUUGCUCGGGCACUGGGUAGCGAGUGUAUUGUCUUGUGGUGAUCAGACAGCUCCUUGUAAAGAAACAGCACAGAAAAAGAGGAUCUCCCUGGAAUGCCAGGUAAAUUAGCCCCUGAUUUGCAAUUCCUGAUUAAACUUGUUAGGUUUGGUUAUGUUAAUCUUUUUAAUCCAUUUAGCUCCAUUUGAACCUAUUUCUUAGCUCCCGUUUGGCCAUAUAUUUUGAAGUUGAAGCUUGAAAUUUGAGUUCUUGAAGUGAUUUUUGGAACUUGAUGUUGUGUUUGGACAUGCAUUUUACUUGGAAAAGUUAUUGAAGUUUUGUGAGUGGAAGUGAAAUUUAGACCAGUUUUUGAAACUUGAAAAUAUUUUGAAGGAAGAUAAAUUUUCAUGAUCAAAUUUCAUGGCCAAACGCUAGCUUAAAGAACAGAUUCCUAUUUCAGCAGAAAAUUGAUU